AAGUAUUGAACUAUCAAAUCUAGCUAGUUCACCUCGUUUCUUGUUAAAAGUAUAAUGGAGUUACUACAGAAAUUUUAUUUUCUGUUUAUCAUAUUUGAAUAUAAGGUUUUUUCUAUAGAUCCUGACAUUUAUUUGGAAAUACAAGAUAUAAGGAAACAAUUUUCUAAAGAAAUUUUGCGGUUGGAAAAUCGCCUUGAUAGUGUUGCAAGUGAAAAUAAGUGGCUGAAAGAGCAAAUCAAAGGCUGUAAAUGUAACGAAAGAAUAAACGAAACAGAAUCUAACCGAAACAAACGAAUCUUACUAAACAUUCCAACUGACACACACGCAUCACUAAAGAUAGCAUUUUAUGCUCAUCUAUCUAAAAAUAUUGAUCAUAUGGGCAAUCAUCAAACAAUAAUAUUUGACCAAGUCAGAUUGAACGUUGGAAGUUUAUAUAAAUCCGUUGAUGGCGAAUUUGUUUCCAGUGUUUCCGGGACUUUUUUCUUUAUCUGGACAAUCUCAAAUAGUGAUGGUACAUAUAUGCAGUCAGAAUUAGUCGUUAAUGGUCAAGUGUUUGGACAAAUCAUCAGCGAUGCAGCUCAGCAUACAGAUUGGGCAGUAUCAACUGCGUUUGCAAUCGUUUCACUGCAACCAGACGAUCGCGUAUGGAUACGGUCAGGCGUUGUGCACAGCGGCCAUGUUAGUGGAACUGGGUUUGGAACAUCGUCAUUUGCUGGAUUUCUCCUGUGGUGA